AUGAAAUUUAGUAUCUACUGUUGUUCUCCAAACGUUAAAGGUUCUAGAACCUAAUAAAAAAAUGAUGAAUCAACUAUGGUGAGUAUUAGAAGCAUCUCUUAAAUCAGUCUACCCUCUAUCUCAAAAAAAAAGAAACCGUGGGUCUUCUAAGACGACUAUGAUUUUUUAAAGGAUGAAAAGAGAAUGUUUAAACUUCUUGAUGAUGAUAAUUCCCCCUAUAUCAACAGAAGAUAAUAAGCUGUUAAAUUAAUUUAACAAAUUGAUUAUUCUGAUCCUGCUGAUAUUGAGGAGAGAUUCUCAUUUAUUUUAAAGUAUAAUAUAAUAACUAAUCAAGAGAUACUUAAAAUAAACAAGGAUAGGCAAUUUAUAUAAUAUUGGGGUCUUUGCAUUUGCUUUUGUAUUACAAAUUAAUAAUUUAUUCCAAAAAGCAAUCUAAGUUUGGUAAAAAUUUUUAGUCUUUUGUAAUGGCAAUAGGUCAUUUAAAUAUAAAAUGAUUGCAUAUAAAUUUCUAGCAGAACUUUAUCUUUUAGAAGGUGAUCUAAGAAGAUCAUUAAAUUAUAGCAAGAAAUUCCUUAAAUAUGCAUUAUGUUUCAAAGAAUAUGAAUAUGAAUUAAAUGCUUAUGAAUUGAUUGGCAAGAUCUAUUACUACAAACAAGAAUCUCAAUUAGCCAAAGCCUUUCAUGAAAAAUUUAUGGAAGGUGAGUAGCUGUCAAAUACAGAUCAAAUUAGAAUCUAAGCAAAAAAACUAUUUGAUUUUAAGAUAAAGCAAUAGUAAAGUUUAGGAAAGAUUGAUACUGAUAGUGAAGAAGAGUUUGAAUUAAACAAAUUAGUAGAACCUAAAGAAUUGAUAUUUAAUCCCAUAAAAGUGAAGGAUGUUUUAAUCAAAAAUAAACACUUGUGGGGACAUGUUAAAAGAGAUAGUGAACCUUUAGGUCCUAUUAAUAGAAGCAUUCUUGAUAGAAAAUUGUUUUAAAGAGAAUAUUAUACAUAAUUGAGUCACAACAAUAGUCUUUAAAAAUUUGUGAAUAAUAAUGGAAUUCAAUUAACAACUACAAAGAAAAACUUUAUCGUGAUAGAUAAAUUAAUAUUUGAUAUACAAUAAUUUUGA